AUGUUGAUGAUGAAUUCAAUCAUUAAAGUAUUUUUUGGAUUAUUCAUGUUAAUUGAUAUUGUCUUAUCUGGAUUAUAUGAAAAACGUUUAUUAAAAUAUUUAUUCGAUUCCAGUCGACCAGAUGCACAUAAUCCAAUUGAACGUCCAUCAGCAAAUGAUACAGAAACAUUAAAUGUUAGUGUGAAAUUUUUCUUAAAUCAAGUUAUGGAUGUGGAUGAAAAAAAUCAAGUGUUGACAACAAUUAUAUGGAUGGAUUUAAUAUGGAAUGAUUAUCAUUUUUUAUGGAAUCCUAAAGAGUUUGGUAAUAUAACUACUUUAAACUUACCAUAUACUGCUGUAUGGAGACCAGAUAUUCUAUUGUAUAAUUGUGCGGAUGAGAAAUUCGAUCGUACAUUUCCAACAAAUACAAUAAUAAAACAUGAUGGUACUGUUCAAUGGAUGCCACCGGGAUUGUUUAAAUCUACAUGUAAUAUAGACAUUUUAUGGUUUCCAUUCGAUGAACAGAGUUGUAUAUUAAAAUUUGGAAGUUGGACAUAUUAUGGUGAUCAAAUUAAUUUUCAAUUACAAUGUAUCAACGCAUCACAACCUGAUUGUACACAAGUUGGAACGGUUGAUUUAUCUGAAUAUUCACGUAAUGGAGAAUUUCAUCUUAGUGGUUCUUCAGUUCGACGUUAUGCACAACGAUAUGAAUGUUGUGAUUAUGAUUUUGUUGAUGUAAAAAUUGCAAUUACACUACAACGACGUGCACUUUAUUAUGUAUUUAAUCUUAUUGUGCCUUGUUUAUUAAUAUCUGGUAUGGCAUUAAUGGUAUUUAUGUUACCACCAGAUGCAGGUGAAAAAAUAUCAUUAGGUGUAACAAUUCUUUUAUCAUUAACAAUGUUUUUACAACUUGUUGCCGAUAAACUUCCACAAACAUCUGAAGCUAUACCAUUAAUUGGUAUCUACUUUUCAUGUACAAUGUUUAUGUGUUCAUUAUCUAUUGUAUUUACUGUACUCGUGUUAAAUUAUCAUCAUAGAUCAGCUGAUUGUAUUGCUGUUCCAGCUUGGAUUAGGAAUAUUGUCAAUACAUAUCUAGCUAAAUUAAUGUGUAUGGAACCUCCGAAACGUUCACAAAUUAUUGAAGUUGAAGAUAUUUCAUCAUCUAUUAGUGAUAAUUUCAUGGAGAAUUAUCCCAAUACAAAAAAGUCACAAAAUGAAAUACUUAUCAAAGGAGGAGGGAAAGGAGAACAACAACAACAAGAAGGAGGAGAAGAAGAAGAUAAUGAUGAUGAAGAAGGACAUAUUGGAGCUAAAACAUUUGUUGGUUGGAAUUAUGAUACUACUAACAUGAUGAAUAGUAAUAUUAAUCCUAUCUAUAUGAAAAAACAUUUAUUUACUAAUUCACCAAUAUGUAUUAAUGGAAAUUUGAAAACAACCACAUUACCAAUGAUCAAUCAAUCAAUGAAUAAUAUUGAUUAUCAAUUACAGAAUACAGUCAAUGAACGUACACCGAAAAAUGCCAUAGCAAAUGUUAUUGAUUUAGAUGAUGAUUUUCGUGCAACAGCACGUUUUGGCAAUACUACUACUAAUACUACUAAUAAUACUAAUAAUAGUAAUAUCUUCAUAAAUAUGAAUGAAAAACAAACAAUAUUGAAUAAUAAUACUAAAUUAAAAAUGAAUACUGAUUUGUUAUCAUCAGUAACAGUAACAAAUCCAUCAUUAACAGUACAAUCUCCUUAUCGACUAUACAAUUCUGUAGGUAAUUUUAAUUCAAAAUCAGUACCAUUAACAUCAACAUCAACAAUAGAACAAGUUCAAGAUGUAUACUCUGAUGAUUUAAGUGAUUUAUCAAAGAAUAAUGUAUCAUUUAAUCCACAAAUGGAAUCAAAUCCAUUAACAAUUUCAAUAGAUUUAUUAAAUUUAUAUAAAUCAGAUUUACAAAUAAUUAUUAAUGAAUUACAUUUUAUUACAAAAAAAUUACGUGAUAAUGAAAUAGAAUCAUUAAUUAGUUUAGAAUGGAAAUUUGCUGCUCGUGUUAUUGAUCGAUUUUGUUUAGUUAUAUUUAGUAAUAAUUUCGUGAUAUUCUUUCAAUCAAUUGUUCUCUUUUAUGAUGAUGAUGAUGAUGAUGAUGAUGAUGAUGAUGAUGAUGAUGAUGAUGAUGAUGAUGAUGAUGAUGAUGAUGAUGAUGAUGAUGAUGAUGAUGAUGAUGAUGAUGAUGAUGAUGAUGAUGAUGAUGAUGAUGAUGAUGAUGAUGAUGAUGAUGAUGAUGAUGAUGAUGAUGAUGAUGAUGAUGAUGAUGAUGAUGAUGAUGAUGAUGAUGAUGAUGAUGAUGAUGAUGAUGAUGAUGAUGAUGAUGAUGAUGAUGAUGAUGAUGAUGAUGAUGAUGAUGAUGAUGAUGAUGAUGAUGAUGAUGAUGAUGAUGAUGAUGAUGAUGAUGAUGAUGAUGAUGAUGAUGAUGAUGAUGAUGAUGAUGAUGAUGAUGAUGAUGAUGAUGAUGAUGAUGAUGAUGAUGAUGAUGAUGAUGAUGAUGAUGAUGAUGAUGAUGAUGAUGAUGAUGAUGAUGAUGAUGAUGAUGAUGAUGAUGAUGAUGAUGAUGAUGAUGAUGAUGAUGAUGAUGAUGAUGAUGAUGAUGAUGAUGAUGAUGAUGAUGAUGAUGAUGAUGAUGAUGAUGAUGAUGAUGAUGAUGAUGAUGAUGAUGAUGAUGAUGAUGAUGAUGAUGAUGAUGAUGAUGAUGAUGAUGAUGAUGAUGAUGAUGAUGAUGAUGAUGAUGAUGAUGAUGAUGAUGAUGAUGAUGAUGAUGAUGAUGAUGAUGAUGAUGAUGAUGAUGAUGAUGAUGAUGAUGAUGAUGAUGAUGAUGAUGAUGAUGAUGAUGAUGAUGAUGAUGAUGAUGAUGAUGAUGAUGAUGAUGAUGAUGAUGAUGAUGAUGAUGAUGAUGAUGAUGAUGAUGAUGAUGAUGAUGAUGAUGAUGAUGAUGAUGAUGAUGAUGAUGAUGAUGAUGAUGAUGAUGAUGAUGAUGAUGAUGAUGAUGAUGAUGAUGAUGAUGAUGAUGAUGAUGAUGAUGAUGAUGAUGAUGAUGAUGAUGAUGAUGAUGAUGAUGAUGAUGAUGAUGAUGAUGAUGAUGAUGAUGAUGAUGAUGAUGAUGAUGAUGAUGAUGAUGAUGAUGAUGAUGAUGAUGAUGAUGAUGAUGAUGAUGAUGAUGAUGAUGAUGAUGAUGAUGAUGAUGAUGAUGAUGAUGAUGAUGAUGAUGAUGAUGAUGAUGAUGAUGAUGAUGAUGAUGAUGAUGAUGAUGAUGAUGAUGAUGAUGAUGAUGAUGAUGAUGAUGAUGAUGAUGAUGAUGAUGAUGAUGAUGAUGAUGAUGAUGAUGAUGAUGAUGAUGAUGAUGAUGAUGAUGAUGAUGAUGAUGAUGAUGAUGAUGAUGAUGAUGAUGAUGAUGAUGAUGAUGAUGAUGAUGAUGAUGAUGAUGAUGAUGAUGAUGAUGAUGAUGAUGAUGAUGAUGAUGAUGAUGAUGAUGAUGAUGAUGAUGAUGAUGAUGAUGAUGAUGAUGAUGAUGAUGAUGAUGAUGAUGAUGAUGAUGAUGAUGAUGAUGAUGAUGAUGAUGAUGAUGAUGAUGAUGAUGAUGAUGAUGAUGAUGAUGAUGAUGAUGAUGAUGAUGAUGAUGAUGAUGAUGAUGAUGAUGAUGAUGAUGAUGAUGAUGAUGAUGAUGAUGAUGAUGAUGAUGAUGAUGAUGAUGAUGAUGAUGAUGAUGAUGAUGAUGAUGAUGAUGAUGAUGAUGAUGAUGAUGAUGAUGAUGAUGAUGAUGAUGAUGAUGAUGAUGAUGAUGAUGAUGAUGAUGAUGAUGAUGAUGAUGAUGAUGAUGAUGAUGAUGAUGAUGAUGAUGAUGAUGAUGAUGAUGAUGAUGAUGAUGAUGAUGAUGAUGAUGAUGAUGAUGAUGAUGAUGAUGAUGAUGAUGAUGAUGAUGAUGAUGAUGAUGAUGAUGAUGAUGAUGAUGAUGAUGAUGAUGAUGAUGAUGAUGAUGAUGAUGAUGAUGAUGAUGAUGAUGAUGAUGAUGAUGAUGAUGAUGAUGAUGAUGAUGAUGAUGAUGAUGAUGAUGAUGAUGAUGAUGAUGAUGAUGAUGAUGAUGAUGAUGAUGAUGAUGAUGAUGAUGAUGAUGAUGAUGAUGAUGAUGAUGAUGAUGAUGAUGAUGAUGAUGAUGAUGAUGAUGAUGAUGAUGAUGAUGAUGAUGAUGAUGAUGAUGAUGAUGAUGAUGAUGAUGAUGAUGAUGAUGAUGAUGAUGAUGAUGAUGAUGAUGAUGAUGAUGAUGAUGAUGAUGAUGAUGAUGAUGAUGAUGAUGAUGAUGAUGAUGAUGAUGAUGAUGAUGAUGAUGAUGAUGAUGAUGAUGAUGAUGAUGAUGAUGAUGAUGAUGAUGAUGAUGAUGAUGAUGAUGAUGAUGAUGAUGAUGAUGAUGAUGAUGAUGAUGAUGAUGAUGAUGAUGAUGAUGAUGAUGAUGAUGAUGAUGAUGAUGAUGAUGAUGAUGAUGAUGAUGAUGAUGAUGAUGAUGAUGAUGAUGAUGAUGAUGAUGAUGAUGAUGAUGAUGAUGAUGAUGAUGAUGAUGAUGAUGAUGAUGAUGAUGAUGAUGAUGAUGAUGAUGAUGAUGAUGAUGAUUAG